UUUACGACGAAAGAGACUUUUGGAGCACAAAGAGAAACUGGAAAAAAUAAAGAAAGUUCCAGUAAUAAUGCAUUAGACUAUAAUAAUAAUCGUGGGACGCCAUUUUUCGAUAAGGCUGCGUCUAAAAAUGUGACGGCUUUGCUUGGUAAAACGGCGUACCUUAAUUGCAGAGUCAAAAACCUUGGAAAUAAAACGACUUUUUUUAACGCCGCGUGUAUUCAACGUUUCCCACUUAAAAUUUAUUAA